CGACACUGGCAUUUCCAGCAAAAACCGUCCCAUUUCGUGGGGAAGGAACACCGAAGAUCUCAUUUCUUUGGAAUCUCUAUCUCUUUCUCUGAAUCAUAACACAAAAGAAUCCAAAGAUGCAUCGAUCAUCAAGCAGUUCUAGAGUCUCAAACGAACUCUUCAUCAACUCAUCAUCACCAUCCCAAUCACAGAGUUCGAAUCAACAAAGCUCACAGACUGUUCCCCUGAACCUGCAACAACUGCCCACAUGCAAUCCCCUCUCACACGCCGCAAAGAAAGAAAGGUCCCGUCUUAGAUCUGCCGAGAACUCGAUCCACAUCAUCCCUCUCCUUCUCGUUCUUUGUGCUAUCAUUCUUUCGUUCUUUGUGCUAUCAUUCUUUGGUUCUUUUCCAGCCCAGAAUCAAAGGUUUGAAGAUUGCUUGCAAAAUCAAGAGUCUUCGCCUCUUUGGUGCGAGGAAUUUCUUGCUUCAAAAUUGGAGCUGGAGGACUUCAAUUCCCCACAAAACAACUGGUGUACAUAACCUGUGAGAUUAUCGAAGAAUGGGUGUAACUCACUCAGUCACUUGUCCGAAUAAAUAAGGAGAUAUUCAUUUGCUUCUGAAAAACCACUCUAAAUUUUGUAGAAUGUAGAUGAUUUAUAUUACAUAUAUACUAGAUGAUAAUUUAAUGGGCUCACAAGGCAGAAGAGAGCUAUUUUCUUUUGGAUGAUUAUGAUUGUCAUCUUUUACGAUACAUAAAAUGGUUUUUACAUUUGGGUUGAAUGCUUUAAGUUAUCUUGGAUUGAAGGGUAACAUGACAUGAGUGCAAUUUUGAGAAACAUCUUUUUAUUCAAUCAUGCUGUUCAUGCAUUUGUUUACCAUUAAGAUAUGAACUUUGAUUAUUUCCCAACAAGAUUUCAUCCGAGAAACCUACUCCUUGUCCAGUUCAACCUUUACACCAUUCAUGGUAAUAAGACUUCAGAGCAUUUUCUUUGAAAUUGGAAUAGAUUGCAUAUCUUGAACCU